AUGUGGCAGCUCUCGGUCGUAGUACUGCUGGCCGUUGCCACCGGCAGCGGCUUCGGGGCGAACAUCUUGUACAUCGCUGGCGUCCCUUCACCUAGUCACUUUAUUUGGCAUCGUGCUCUGAUGUACGGACUGGCGGCCAAAGGUCACAACGUGACGGCACUCAGCGUGGACGUCGAGGACAAUCCGCCACCGGAUGUGCACUUCAUCAAGAUUGAGGGCGUUUAUGAGGCGUUAUUUGAAGAGGACUCCGAAGGACUGGAUUUCUUCGCGAUGGGGGAGCUCGGUCCGUUUGCGAUGGUGUCAAUGUUCAACGAGUACAUGGUGAGCGGUUGUGAAGUGGCGUUGAGAUCCGAGGGAGUGCGAACGCUGGUGAGGUAUCCGGAUGAUUUCAAGUUUGACGUUAUUAUCAACGAUUUCCUGCUGGGACCAUGUUUGUCCGCACUGGCACAGCACAAAUUUGGACGGCCUCCGUAUAUUGGUGCUACGGCGUUUCACGGGUUGUCCUCGACGGCUCCGUUGUCCGGUGCGUAUUCCUACUCGGGAUUGAUCCCCCAUAAUGAGUUUGAUGCACCGGAAGGUAUGAGCUAUAUGAACUUCCUCUACAAUCACUGGGAAGAGGUAAGCAAAUCGUACCAAGUGUACGACAAAAUAGAUGAAAUGGUACGCCGAAUCAAUCCUGAUAUCCCGCACGUUGGACAAAUAGAGAAAGAUGCCCGGAUAAUCCUCUUAAACUCUCAUCCGGUCGUUCAGUACUCAGAGCCGGCAAUGCCGAACGUGAUUUCCGUUGGAGGUAUGCAGAUUACCGAACCAAAGCAGCUCCCAGACGACUUGAAAUCUAUCGUUGAAAACGCUGAACAAGGCGUCAUCCUCUUCUCACUAGGCACCAACGUACGGUCGGACCUGCUCGGCAACGAUCGAGUCGUUGAAAUCCUCAACGCGAUGGAACAACUACCUCAAUACAAUUUCCUGUGGAAAUUUGAAUCAGACUCAAUGCCUAUGAAAAUCCCAAAGAAUGUUCACAUCCGCAAAUGGAUACCCCAGAAUGACCUGCUGGCCCACCCCAACUCAAAGCUGUUCAUCACCCACAGUGGACUGUUGAGCACGCAAGAGGCCAUUUGGCAUGGCGUUCCCAUCAUCGGAUUUCCGGCGUUUGCCGACCAGAAUCGAAACAUCAACUAUUGCGUCCAGUUGGGGGUGGCCCGACGACUGUCCCUCAGGAAGAUCAACAGCCAAGACUUGGUCACUGCCAUUCGGCAAAUAAUGACUGACCAGAGCUAUCGCGACAAGAUGACCCAACUGUCGAAACUGUUCCGGGAUCAGAAAGAAUCUCCGCUGGAGCGAGCCGUCUGGUGGGUUGAGUGGGUUCUGCGGAAUUCCGCGGGAAGUACCGUGAUGCAGUCCAAUGCGGUCAAUAUUGGCUGGAUUUCAAAGUACUCGCUGGAUGUGAUCGUACCGCUGGUGAUGGCUGCAGUUGUGGUGUUGCAGGUUCUUGUGAAACUUGCUUCAGUGCUGCUUUGUAGGAGAAUUGGUUCAAAUAAAGUGAAGCGUGAAUGA